AUGCAGUCGGGAUACCAACUGGCGUGUGCCAUGUGGGCGCUGACGGCCCUCUCGCUCACCCUGGUAGGCCUCAGACUGUACACUCGAAUACGCGUCGUCAAGUUCGUCGGCGCCGAGGACCACAUGUAUGCAUGGACCGGCCUAUUCCUCCUCCUCUUCACAAUCUUCAUCCAGGUCGCCGUACACUACGGACUAGGCCGCAGCUUCUACGAGCUGAGCAUCGACGACUCCUCCGACGCCAUCUUCUGGACGUACGUCGCCAACAGCUUCGCCAUCAUCGGAAACGCCAUGGCGAAGCUGUCGAUGGGCCUUUUCUUGCUGCGCGUCGUCCAAGCCCGGUGGCACAAGAUCGCCCUCUGGGGUGCUGUCGUCGUCACCAGCGCCACCUCGAUCGCGCUCACUAUCAUGCUCUGGAACCAGUCCACGCCGGUCAAGGCGAGCUGGGACCCGCUGAGGACGCCCGGGACGUGGGACAUUCAGAUCCAGCCUAUGAGUGUUGGACUCGGAGUAUGGUCUAGCAUCUGCGACUUCUUCUUUGCUAUCUUUCCUUGGUUGUUCCUUCGAUCUCUGCAUAUGCCGCGUCGGGAGAAGGUCAUGCUGGCAAGUGGUAUGAGCCUGGGUGUAAUUGCAGGAGCUUGUGGUAUCACUCGGACAGUGGUGCUGUCAACCCUAAAUGUCUACAACUAUACCCUCAACUUUGUCCCCUAUUUCGCGUGGGCUGGCGCCGAAAUCGCCGUCGCCAUGGUCUGCAUCGGCGUGCCUACCCUGCGGCCUCUAUACCUCAAGGCCCGCGGAUUGUCGAGCACACUAGGCAGUAUAAGACAAAGCAACGCAAGCGAGCUGCCUCAAUUCACCAUGUGUGACGGCAAAGAGGUACUUUGUCCGCCGCCGGCCCGAGACUCCGGGUUCUCGCAGUUUCGGCCGAAUUCUCGUAUCGCGAAGCCCCCUCCCGCGUAUACCAGGGCGCGAAGUGAUAGCGUGGACGACAUCAUAUCCGAGUACGAUGGCAGCAAUGGGGACGUGAUAUGGGUCAAGAACGAGGUUCGGGUCGAGAACGGUGUUGCGGAAUGGCCGUUGAGGGGUUGA